AAAUACUGAGCUUUCCCUUCCUGCACUGUGACGUCCAUCAUCUCCUGCUUUACCUGCACUCUGCACAGCUGAAGAUCUGCAUCAGACGGAAAGCAGCAGAAGACGACGAGUGUUCCUGACUCAAACUGGUCCUCAAUGGACUAGUGAAGUGAUUCCCACCGUGCCGGUUGAAAGCAAUGUUUUUUGGAGCUGGAGGCCGUAGCACCAUCAGCCGAGUGUGUGUGGGGCCACCCCUCUCCCUCUUUCCCUGCACACCUCAUACCAUGGGAUGCCAACCCCCUGCAUCUCUGCCCUGAGCUCUCCUGGGGCGCCAUGAACAGCUACCGAGACAGAGGGGUGACCUGCACCUCCUCCGACCUCAUGGAUGGAGGAGGAGGAGGUUUUAUGCAGCACACUCCCUUUCGUCACACCCCCAAUGGCCACCCGGCACUUGGCCCCUGCGACCCGGCCAUGUUACCGCGCAUCUCCGUGCCCAAAAUGGGUGUUCGGGCACGGAUUGCAGAAUGGCCGCCACGCCGCGCACAUUCCAGGGAGUCGCUACUUGAAAACGGGCAAAUUAGCAACCUUCGCUACGGAAACGACUGCUCCACUUUUUACUCUUCAGGUUUGUCAUCUGACAUGGGGCUGGUGCGGGGAGGAGUCGCCAGGCUACCACGGAGACGGUCUAAGGACGUGGAGUUCAGAGGUGGAGGGUUCGGUGUUGAAAGAAAUCCACAUUAUAGCCUGAGAGUGUUCCCUCCACUGAGACAGCGCUCCAACAGCGAAGUGACGCUGAGCGAACAGGACGAAAAUGAGGUGGAGGUCCGUGGCGGUGGCGGGAUGGGGAGCAUGUUCAGAGAGUACGGCAGCACCUCCUCCAUCGACAUCCAGGGCAUCCCUGAGCAGAGUUUCUUCGACAUGCUGACUCAGUUCCACCAGGAGAGGCCCGACCAGCGCAGCUCUGCACCCGUACGACUCGGAGAGCUUCUGGGAGCUCCAGAGUCGCAACCAAGCGCACCCCUUCCCUCCGCUCCCUCACCUGGUCCCACAGGUGGGGAGGACAGAGGGACGGGAAGGAAGGACGGAGCUGAGAGAGUGAGGAAGAAAAGCGGGGGCACAGAGUCGUCGCUGGGCACCUCCUCUUUGUUCAGGAAACUUCGGAGCUCAAGUCGAGGUGAGCUGGACGGAGGGAAGGGAGAGACUAAUGAGGACGGGGGAGGCCGGGCUGCUUCUGACCCCUCCUACAAACCGUGGGUGUGCCCCAAGACUUUUGUCCACUUUGACGCUCAGAGCAUCCUGUUUGACUUCCACGAGGCGGCGGCUCAGCGGGGGUACGCCGCCCAGAGGAGGAACACCGCCACGGGGGCCUCAGCUGCAUCAGUGUCCCUGUCCGUCUCCAAGUCCCCGGGGCAGAGCGUGAACGAGCCGGUUUACUCCAGCAUAGAGGAUCUGACCCUGAGCCUGGACCCCGGCUCCAUGACCCCCUCCCUGGGCAUGGACCCCCUGGAUGGGCCUCCAGGUGCCCACAGCUCGAGCCACCUGCUCCUUUGCUGCCCCCACUUCCUCAACGAGACCGGGGGCCACGGGGAGCGCAACAUCAGCUUCCUGAGCUCCUCAGCAGAGCGGGACAGAGGAGGAGACGGGGGGAGGGGCUGGCUGAGGAGGAGCAACGCCAGCUUGUCGGUGCUUGAGGUGCCUAUUGAACAGCAGGUGACCAGGCUGGACAGACUGAAACUGUACGGCAUCGAGCAUGUAGACCUGGGGGCCCGUUACUACAGAGAUUACUUCCAUGGGAAAGAGCAUUCAAACUACUUUGGGGCAGAUGAUAAGAUGGGUGCCGUGGCUGUGAGCAUCCGCAGGGAGAAAUUGGAUGACACCAAAGACCUGAAAGACCAGUACCAGUACCGCAUCAUCGUCAGAACCAGCGAGCUUGUAACCCUGCGAGGCUCCAUUUUAGAGGAUUCGGUGGCGACAACGGGGAAGCACGGCACAGUGCGGGGUCUGUUGCUCAAGGAGGUCCUGGAGCAGGUUGUCCCGGAGCUCAACAUCUCCUGCCUGAGGCUGGCGCUCAGCACACCCAAAGUCACAGAGCAGCUCCUUAAACUGGACGAACAGGGGUUGAGUCAGAAGCACAAGGUGGGUGUUCUGCUGUGCCGAGCGGGCCAGAGCACAGAGGAGGAGAUGUACAACAACGAGGAGGCGUCACCCGCCUUCUCUGCCUUCCUGGAGCUGCUGGGGGAGCAGGUGCUCCUCAAAGACUUCAGCAAAUACGCAGCACAGCUCGACACAAAGACGGACUCUACGGGCACCCACUCGCUGUACACCACCUACCAAGGCUACGAGGUCAUGUUCCAUGUGUCCACCAUGCUGCCCUACAUGCCCAACAACCCACAGCAGCUCCUGAGGAAGAGGCACAUAGGAAACGACAUUGUCACCAUAAUCUUCCAGGAGCCAGGAGCGUUGCCUUUCACCCCGCAGAACAUCCGCUCCCACUUCCAGCACGUCUUUGUGAUUGUCCGUGUGCACAACCCCUGCUCUGAAAGCACCUGUUACAGUGCUGCUGUGACGAGAAUGAAAGACGUGCCUCCCUUCGGCCCCCCCAUCCCCAGCGGCGUCACCUUCCGCGAUCCAGAAACCUUUCGUAACUUCCUUCUAGCCAAAGUUAUCAAUGCAGAAACCGCAGCGCACAAGUCGGACAAGUUUCACACCAUGGCGACCCGAACGCGGCAGGAGUACCUGAGAGACCUGGCGGAGAACUACGUCAGCAGCACGCCGCUCGACACCGCCGGCAAGCUCAACAACCUCAUCUCCCUCGCAUCUAAGAAACGUGAGCGCUCCAAGGCGAGAGAGGGGGCGGAGCUAGGGGCCGCAGGGGCCAUCGCCUGGAGGGUCCACGCUCAGGACUUCAGCGGGGGGGGGACGGAGCUGCCCUGUGCCCUGGGUCUAUCGGCUGAAUACGUCCUCCUGACAGACUGCUCCACUAAAGAGGUGGUGUUUAACUGUUUCUGUGCGGACGUCAUCGGCUGGAGUCCGGAGCGGCUGACGCUGAAGAUCUUCUACGGGCGUGGAGACCACAUCGCCGUGCGCGUGCCGGAGGGGUUUGCACAGGACAUCCGGGAGGUGGUGCAGAGGUUAAAGUCGUUGACGGUGGGAUGUGAGACGGUGGAUAUGACUCUGAGAAGAAACGGACUGGGACAGCUGGGCUUCCAUGUGCGCCUGGACGGCACUGUGGCUGAGGUGGAGGAGUAUGGCUUUGCGUGGCAGGCGGGGCUGAGGCAGGGCAGUCGCUUGGUGGAGAUCUGCAAGGUGGCCGCGGUGACGCUGACUCACGAGCAGAUGAUCGACCUGCUGAGGACCUCGGUCACGGUCAAAGUCGUCAUCAUUCCUCCGUACGAAGAGGGAGGGCCUCGCAGGGGCUGCACAGAGGAGUAUGAGAUGAAGACCAUGGAGCAGAAGCCAGAACCUGAGCCUCUGGCAGCCGGCUACAGACCCUCCCCUCGCCCCACGUGGCGAUGGGACAGCCCCCCCAUUCCUCCAGGGCUCCACAGUGCCCCCAACCAGCAGCGCUGGGCCCCCAUGGGCCCUCCACCUCCUCCACUGCCCCGCUCACACAAGACCCUGAUGCCUGUUCCCUACAGGGAGCCCCAGCACCUAAACUCUAAGAGGCCGGUGAGCUACCCAGAGAACCACUACAGCCUGUCUCCUGCAGGGAUGCUGCCCUACAGGAACCCCUCAGCCAGCUUCUCCUCGCCCUCCUCCGGCCUGGUCGGCCUCUCCUCGAUGGGGCCGCCUGGAAUCACACCGGGCCCCUUCGUACGCUACAAACCCUCCCCCGACAGAUAUGGAGCAGGACAACGCCCCCUGCUGCCGUAUGAGCCUCACCUCAGUGUGGACGUCACCUCCAGCGGAGAGUCUUCCUCAGGCUUCACCAGCCAGGAGAGCACUAUGGAGCGCUGCAAAACAGAGCCCCUCUGGCACAUCCCAGCGUCGUCGUCUCGGGGGCCGGGUGGUGGAGGGGGGCAGAGGAGACCGACCAGACAGGAUGUCCCGGGGAAGGACUCUCCAAACAGAAACUCCAAGGGCGAGACUCAGUACUCGAGCCACUCCAGCAGCAACACUCUGUCCAGCAACGCCUCCAGCGGACACAGCGACGAGCGCUGGUUCGACGGGGGACCUGUAGGUGAACGGGUUCCUGGGGGUUGCCUUGGCGACCCAACAGAACCUGACCCAGACCAUCUCAACAAGGGGGGGUCCAACGACAGCGGCAUCGACGCCUCAACCCAUUACAACAACACCCGCCUCGUGAACAUGCCCAACAGCCACAAGCCCUUGCAGUGCUUCGGGACGUAUGGGGGGGGGCAGGAGCUAUCGGUGGGGAGGAGUAGCGGCAGCAGCGGGGAGGGGAGGAGGCGGGAGUCGUCUCCCAUCAUACCAGCUGCAGCCAAUCAGAACAAAGGGUACCGGACCAAGACGUUCCCGCCUCCUGGAUCCAGCGCCGAAAAAAUGGAUGCUUUCAAACCCAGGGCCUACACACCGCAGGGUUACAAGACUCCGACAGCUGAGAAAGCCCGGCCCGUCCGCGCUGCUACGACGACACCAACUUCCUCUCAUCUAAGCUCCAUCCCUCUGUCCAGCUCCGCUCCCAAGGCUUUUUAUGGAAAGAGCAGACAAAGCCCAUGGCUGAAUGACGACAACGGCUCCUCGCCUUCAAACAUCACCACGACGACCAGCUCUGACAGCAGCAAGAAGCAGGUGGACACCAACUCAAAGAACGUGUUUGGACAGCCUCGGCUCCGAGCCUCGCUGAGGGACCUGCGUUCUCCACGACGGACGUACAAAAGCACCAUCGAAGACGACCUGAAGAAACUGAUCAUCAUGGACAACGUGGGGGAGACGCCCCAAAGAGACCCAUCUCCCAGACGAACUCUGCAGCGCACCUUUUCAGACGAGUCUCUGUGCAGCGGGCGCAGAGAGGCGAGCUUCGCUAACUCUGAGAACCCGACAACGCCUAACGACGUCCUGUUCACGUGCACGCUGCCCACACGCAAACACGCCAUCUCUAACGUCCACGUGCUGAGCAAGAAGGUGCCUCUGUCUGCCUCGGAGCUGUCUCUCACUGAAGUCAGAGACAAAGUGCCCCCCCUGAGGAGGCUGGACCCCGGGCUGAUGCCUCUCCCUGACACAGCCUGCGGCCUCGAGUGGUCCAGCCUGGUUAACGCUGCUAAGGUGUACGAAGGUGAGGCAGCAGACACCUCAAGACUAGCACAAAGAGCAGUUUCCCCCUUCUCACUGACGGAGCCGCAGGGUGGGGGUCCGGACAUGAGACCUGUCGUCAGUCCAGUCCAGUUUCAGACUCCUCAGACUCCACGGACCACGCCGACCUUCAGCGGUGACGAGGUGCCCAACAAUCUGUCCGGGCGGCUCUACAACCUGGAAGUGAUGUUAAAGCAGCUGAACAAUGAUCUGGAAAGAGAGAAGCAUGAUAAAGUGGUUCUGCUGGCAGAGAUGGCCAACCUGCGGGAGAACAACCAGCGGCUGCAGGUGGAGAGCCUGUCGGCCAGCGAGCAGCUGCGCAAGUUCAGCAGACUUUAUAAUAACAACGACGCGACCGAGAGCGACAACGAGGCUAACUCCUUAACGUACGAGGCUGAAUCUAAGAGGGAGUGACUCCUGCAGGAGGGGGAAUAGAGCACCCGGCCACAGAGGGGGGUGCUUCCACUGGACUGCCUUAAACCGUAAAGAGAGCAAGGAAACAGAAAAACUGGAUUUUUAAAAUGCAGAACCACUCCCAGAGAGCCUCCCUCUCUUUUCUCUUAUUUUUAUAAACUCAAGUCAAAAAGUCUUAUAUACUUUUCAUAUAUAUAAAUAUGCUACUAUGCCAGAGGAGCGAGAAGGAGAGGAAACUGUUUUAGAGAAUCAUCACCUGGAGAGGCCUAAUACUGUUCCUGCAGCGAAUCAGCCAAAAAAACAACAAGACUCAUUACAGACUGCAUCUCCCAGAAUGCACUAGAAGUAAUGGAAGCUAUACAGACAUUGUACUGUAGAUACAUGCCUGCUCUCAUGUAUCAAUAUUUCCCAUAUUGUACUGAUAUUGAUGUACUAAAGAGGGGUGGGUGUGUGUGUGUGUGUAAUUGAUGGUACAGCGAAUUCUCAGAAACGUAAUGGCACAACAGUGUGUGUGUUCACGAAGCAUUUUAUUCUGUGUGUGUGUGUGUGUGUGUGUGUGUGUGUGUGUGUGUGUGUGUGUGUGUGUGUGUGUGUGUGUGUGUGUGUGUGUGUGUGUGUGUGUGUGUGUGUGUGCUAUGGGACGUUUCGAGUGCUGAACAAACUAGUUUACUGUAAUAUGAAAUCUUGUGGGCCACGAUAUUUUUCUCUCCUCCGUUUACAUGGGUGAACCUGUGGCCCUUCAGAUGUGAAACAAGCCAUCGGCGUGCUGUGUGGGUGUUAAAGGUCGAUGUCAUGAAGCUCAGUGAUAUUAAUUAUAGUUCCAUAUCUCUAAUGUAGUGCAUUGUUUUGAAUAUUAUCUUCUGUUUUUCAGCAGUGCCGUUUCAUCUCAAAUCUAAAUGGACUGGAUAAUUAUUUUAACCUUGAGUCCUCAUCCCAGUACGUCUUUGAAAUCAACUUAGUUUCCUAAUAUUUAAAGCAGUAGUUUGACAUUUUGUAGUAACAUCAUUAGAAAGCUUUUAGCUUGUCAUAAAGAUCUCACGCAGGGGAGAACAGCCAGCUUGACGGCCCACUUGCACCUCUAAAGCUCAUUAUUUAACAUGAUAUCUAAAUAAUCUAAUACCAGAAAAAAAACUAUUUAAAAGGACAAUUCCUCGUCUAAUGGACUAUCUGUUGUGGCUAAGAGAUGAGUUACUUCAAGGAGUCUUAGCUGAAUUUUAUUCUUGGAAUUGAUAUCCACAAACAGACCUGCAAUUACAAUUUAUUGGCCAUAAAGGUCAAAACAUUUAGAAACAUAGACUUAAUGUGCUGAAAAGUCGAUUUUGUAGACAAAGCCAGGCUAGCUGUUUCCCUCCUUUCCAGACAGUAUGCUAAGCUAACCUUGUAGGGUUGCAUUUUUAACAGACAAAUAUGUGGGUGGUGUCAAUCUCACUGCUAGAAACUGAGUGAUGGUAUUCUCAAAAAUGUCAAACUAUUCUUUACAUAAAACUCUAAACGACGCUGCCAUUGGUCACGUGUGCUUACAGGAAACAUUUACUGUACAUGAACCCACAACACUUCUGCCUGUGUGCGAGGAUUUGUCCCCGUGUUCUGUGACGACCCAAGUGAAAACAUGAGACACUAUUUAUACCGCUCGCUUGCUUACCGAUAUUGUCUACUAUAUCUAUUUUUCAUACAGAAAUAAUGUUUUUGAACGCUGGUACUGAAUGGACAAUACAUCCGUGCAGACGAUGACUCUUCCUGUGUCAGUUUUGAUAUCGCUGACGAAUCAUCUGCUACUUCUUAUGAUCCGGAGGUCUCUUCUUCUCUGGUCUGACUGGAACUGUAAAUCCUAAUCGCUCAGGUUCCUCACAACGCUUUGAAUAAACUAAACCAUCAGUUAGGAGUGGGCGAUGUGACACAUUCAAGCCUGAGAGGAUGUCAAAAUGGGUUUUGCCAAAAUUUUAAAACCAUUGUAGUGAUAAGGUCAUUGUAAGGAACGCUUAUUGAUGUAUUACUUUGUUCAGAGGCAUUUCAUCUGCUGAAUUAGGCUUGAAUAGAAAAAUAUUAACAGUUUCUCAAUUGAUCUUCAUAUAAAAUGUCCUGAAAGGCAAGUGAGAGAACUAAAUCUGGUGAUCCAUUUUCUAAAUUUGAUCUUAACUGUUUUCUGACUUAAAAGCAGGUGAAGAAAUGUUUAUUUGACCUGUGAAAAAAGGGGGUUUAUCUAGAUAAAUGUCCCUUUUUUCCAUCUGUUAAAACUGUCAUAAACACAGAAGGGGAAAAUAUUUAUAUCAGUCUUACAAAUUGGAUCAAUAGAUUCCUUUCAGGAGCGAUGUGUCACAUUCCUUUUGGAGGGCAGAAAGCACAGCUGAUACCUGUGUAUUGAUACUGCUGACAAUAACUAUAGAAACGUUUUAAAAUCUAGUAUUGAUUUGCAGUAUAUCACACUUCCAUGAUUUUGGCCACACUAUCGCUCACUCCUACUGGAAAACUAUUUUAUUCCACAGACUCAAGAGGGAACAUGUGCUGUAGUCGGACUCAUUUCCUUCUGCUUUCAGCUCCUUUACUCUGCAGUUAUUCAGAUUUGAUACGAGUAACUUUUUUAAAUUGUUGGACCUUUUUGCGUCGGUUCCGGAAUAAUACCUUGACCAGUUUCUCUGAAAUAAAUGUUCAGAUCCUCCACAGAGAAAGCGCCUCUUCCUGCCGUGACGCUCUCCUGCUCCUCGCUGUGACGGUCUUAUUAGUUUGCUGACAAGGGCCAAGGUUUCUUUUUUAAUCUAAAGUUUGUUCAUGUUCUGUAUAAUUUGAAGCUAUUUAAAGCACACACAACGAUCCUUGUUGAACAAAUCAAUAAUGCAUUACGGUUAAUGGUAAUAUUAUAACUAGGUUUGUUUUUUUUAGAUGUUAAAUAUUUUGAUAAUUUAUUUUUUAACACAUUCCCACUGUUGCAGACAGUAGUGAAGAUGAGGGUACUGUGUUUUUAUUUGUGUAUGCCAUUUGACUUCUGAUCUCUGUACAAAAUUGAUCUGUAUGAUUCCUCGUCGUUUUCUAUUUUCUGGCAUUUUUCCUGUUUGUGGCAGGCUGCGUGAUGCACAGACAACAUAUUGGUUGGAAAUUGUUUUUCUUUGGGUUGUAAUAAUAACUUGUACAUUUAAAA